AUGAUUGACAACAUUCUCUACCUCUACGGCGGUGACCACCCGUGGGACUCGUCCCUCUGGGUCACAUCCGACGACCGCGUGCGAGGCGGCGCGAGCCGGUCCCACCUGUCGGUCUCGAACCCCGAGCGCGCCCGCUUCCACGGCCACCUCGACAUCACGGCCCUCGGCGGCGCCGGCUUCGCCUCCCAGCACAGCCUCGGCACGCUCUCGUGGGACCUGCGCGAUUACGAGGGCAUCAUCGUCGCCGUCGCGGGGCCCGGCAAGGCCGACGGCAAGCGAUACGCGCUGACGCUCAAGGACGAGCUGCCGCCGCCGAGGGAUGACGGCCGCGAGCAGGCGGCCAUCAGCUGGGAGGCCGAGUUCGUCGCCGACAAGCCCGGCGACGUGAAGCUGCGCUGGGAAGACUUUCGGGCCACCUACAGGGGCCGGCCCAAGGGCGAUGCCCGGCCUCUGAACCUCGGCGACAUCAAGCGAGUGGGGCUCAUGAUGCGAAGCUUUUUCGGCCAGCAGGAAGGAGACUUUUCGCUCGAGCUGCACGCCAUCGCCGCCUUUAAGCGCGUCCCGUCCUCGACGGCGACGACGGUCGUCGCCGAGCCGGACGAGGGCGAGAUGGAGGAACGCAAGGACCUCAGGAGGAACGAAUCCGACUUGGAGGAAUUCCCCUCGCGGCCGGCGGUGCAGCACUCCUGGUGGCGGAAGCUGCUGUGCGGCAUGGCCUGA